CAGCUCAAUGCGCGCAUGCCCGUGGAAAAGAUCAAAGGCAGGGCAAAAUUGUUCGAAGGAGGUCAGCAUGCGGUGAAUUUUCCUUGUCUAUGUAUGAAAGCCAAAGCGAUCCGAGCAUCGCUGCUUUCUUCCUUCCUGCAUGCUUCAUUCCCAAUGACCUCCCUCCCUCCCUCUCUCACUCCCUCAUCUGCAGCAUCUGUAUUGCAGGCAUGCCGCAAAGAAAAGACCCUCCUCUUCGGCUUUCCUCUCAUCCCCUCCCCAUCCCCAUCCUCAGCAUUAGCGAUGCAAGAUAUCUCUUGCAAAGUGCUGAAAUUUGUCGUGUGUCCGCAGGUCGCUACCUGAGAGCGCGCAAGACAUGUAGUCUGCGAAAGAACCACACUGCACUCCCCAAAAACAUCCACGGCGCGUGGAAAAAAGCUGACAAGCAGGCCGGCUGAAUGCCAGCGGACCCCAAGUGCGCACGUGUCAAUCAAUCGGAGAGUGAAGUUGAGCUGGAUAGCGGCCAUGAUGAUAUUGAUUCCGUUGAGGUGUGUAUGUGGUUUCUUCGUGCAAGAAUCGUAAUUAGGGAGAAAAGAAUUGCGAUUUGUCGGAAGUCGUGCUGAGCAAGCAAGAGACUGAGAAUUAGUGGUUGGUGGUUGAUAGUCGGCCGGCGACUAGCGUAGAAUGGAAGUGUUAAUGGGGAUGAGUUUUGUUGGUUUUUCUUCUGGAUUGGGGAUCGGCGGUGAGGUUGGGGCAAUUAUCAGUGAGUAGUAUAGUGGCGAUGAGCACCAGGCCCUGAUUAACAGACAAGAAAACAGAAAAGAGGAUAAAAACUAAAACCCAGCUCUUGGAUUGACACG